AUGAAGCGCAAGAGCGAGCGGCGGGCGAGCUGGGCCGCCGCGCCCCCCUCCUCGCGGCGCGGCUCGCCGGCCUCGCCGGCCGGGAAGAAGAGCCGCAGCUCCGCGCCGCAGGACUUGGCCCGCCCGGACCCCCAGGACGACGCAUACCUGGACAUCACCGAUCGCCUUUGUUUUGCCAUUCUCUACAGCAGACCAAAGAGUGCACCAAAUGUACAUUAUUUCAGCAUAGAUAAUGAACUUGAAUAUGAGAGCUUCUACGCAGAUUUUGGACCGCUCAAUCUGGCAAUGGUUUACAGAUAUUGUUGCAAGAUAAAUAAGAAAUUAAAGUCCAUUACAAUGAUAAGGAAGAAAAUUAUUCAUUUUACUGGCUCUGACCAGAGAAAACAAGCAAAUGCUGCUUUCCUUGUUGGAUGUUAUAUGGUUAUAUAUUUGGGGAGAACUCCAGAAGAAGCAUAUAGAAUAUUAAUCUUUGGAGAUAUAUCCUAUAUGCCUUUCAGAGAUGCUGCCUAUGGAAGCUGCAGUUUCUACAUUACACUUCUCGACUGUUUUCACGCAGUAAAGAAGGCAAUGCAGUAUGGCUUCCUUGACUUCAACUCUUUUAGCCUUGAUGAAUAUGAACACUAUGAAAAAGCAGAAAAUGGAGAUUUAAAUUGGAUAAUACCAGACCGAUUUAUUGCCUUCUGUGGACCUCAUACAAGAUCCAGACUUGAAAGUGGUUACCACCAGCACUCUCCUGAGACUUAUAUCCCCUACUUUAAGAAUCACCAUGUUACUACCAUUAUUCGCCUGAAUAAAAGGAUGUACGAUGCUAAACGCUUUACGGAGGCCGGUUUCGAUCACCACGACCUUUUCUUUGCGGAUGGCAGCACCCCUACUGAUGCCAUUGUCCAAGAAUUUUUGGAUAUUUGUGAAAAUGCCGAGGGUGUCAUUGCAGUGCAUUGUAAAGCCGGCCUGGGUCGAACGGGCACUCUGAUAGCUUGCUACAUAAUGAAGCACUACAGGAUGACGGCUGCCGAGACCAUCGCAUGGGUCAGGAUCUGUAGACCUGGCUCUGUGAUUGGGCCUCAGCAACAAUUUUUGAUGAUGAAACAAUCAAGCCUCUGGCUGGAAGGUGACUAUUUUCGUCAAAAGUUAAGGCGGCAGGAGAAUGGACAACACAGAUCAUCCUUCUCCAGACUCCUCUUGGGUGUCGAUGACAUUUCAAUAAAUGGGGUCAAGAAUCAAGACAAGCAAGAAUCUGAACCGUACAGUGAUGACGACGAAAUCAGUGGAGUGACACAAGGUGAUAGACUUCGGGCCCUGAAAAGCAGAAGACAAUCAAAAGCAAACACUAUUCCCCUCACUCUGCAGAGCUUUGACGUGCUCCUGGACGACGGGUGCUCUGUCCACGCUGAAACCUCUAGGGAUGGCUGGUUGUCCUGGGCUGCAACCUUUCUACACUGGCUUUUAAUGUGGCUCAGGAUCCGCAGGGACUAGACCUCCAGAGAAGUCCUCUCCUGGGUGCGCAGUGCUCAGGGGCCGGCGGGAAUGCUCUCCGGGUGCAAUUGAAGCCCGUUUCCUCGGGCCCAGCCCAGCCUCGGCCAGUGUUUUGCCUCAUUCUUCCAGCAGAUGUGGAGGUUUUGGCCAGGGCCUCCGGUAGGUGGCCUGGGGAGGGACAAAGCUCAGCAGGGCCGUGUGCUUGGACUUCUUAUGUUGGGGCCCCAGUGACUAUCUGAUGGAAGCCGAAGCCCCCCACUUCCAGAAGAGCCUCAGGCCCAAUGUCACAGGCUGUGUGUCUCCAGGACCCCUCACAGCCUCGCUGGCUAUGCCCCCAGCCCUGGGGGUUCAGACGAUGUGCGAGGGACCCUCAGUGACAACCCCGAGUCUGGUCCUUGCGGCUUGCUGGCAGGCCUCCUGGUGUGCCCACUCCUCCCGCGCCUUUGCCUCUCACUGAGAACGUCUCCAGCGCCCUGCCCACGCCCCCCACCGCCACCACAGCAGGCGGGUCCUGGGCCGUUUGCGUUGCCCGGAGAAUUCAGGACUUGGCCCAGGUGCUUGAGCAGCUCUCCUGUUGCUGCCAGGCCAGGCCCGGGCGUUCACCAUGCCCAAGUCCAGGUGAGUCCAGCCGUGGGUUGGGUGCACCCGGGGCGGGGCCCAGCUAGGGCCCCCCCCGGUGGUGUCCUCAGUGGCUGUGCUGGAGGAGAAACAGUGGACCCUGCCUGUGUCUGAGAGCACUGGGGGACUCUCAGAAGCCCCGUGGGGUGUAUGUGGUACUGCCAUUCCGUUCUCCCAGGACAGGCAUUCCCCAACUGACAAAUGGCUUUGCACUUUCAAAGGGAUGCAAGUCAGCCCUCUGGAAUCGGGGACAGUUUUGCAAGGAAACAGCUUAGAUCACUGGCCCCUUUGUGUCUGGGUCAGGGGAGUUCCUGUAACCUCGAAUCAUGGGAAACCCCGCAGCCUGGCAGAGGCUGCGGCCCUGGGCCUCUCAGCCUCACCGCCUGCACCUGUGCAGGAGGCCCAGUGAGCCUCCCCCGGCACAUGGUGCCACUGCGCGGCCUGGGGACACCAGGGGCUGAGCACAACACGCAUGGCUGGGGUGCACGCAGGCCUUCCCCUCUCCUGACAGCUUUGCCCAAGGGACUAGUAAUUUCCCUAGAAAUUCGAGGAACCGGUACAAGCAUGGGGCUUGGGGGGCGGGUCCUGCUCCCACUGUCCCCUCAUCCAUCCCUGCCCAAACCCCAGCAAGGGAGCGUGGCCAAGCGUCCUGCAUGCGCCCCCGGGACUGAGGGGCAGCCCGGGACGGGCAGGGCCACGGGCGCUGGUGCUGGGCACAGGAAGUUGGGCACU